UUCUCCAAGCUGAAAGAUAAAUUAGAAAUGGGCAGUUUUCUUGAAAGUUCGAAAUCCUCGCCAUGGAUAAAAAUUUAGAGAAAUCCUCUUCAACGACGUAGUUGAUCGGAUUCAGAUUCAAGUUCGAGACCUCGAGGAAAUCAGCUGCUCUCCGGUGAAGCGACAAGGAUCCGGAGGAUCGGAUUGGACGUAUCGUUUUCAAAGAAAACCUGAUUUCUAGCUGAAUUUGGGCGCCAUAGACUUUCUAAUCUAUCGAUACAAUUUGGCAUCAGUUUGAGGGGCUGCAAGGUGUUUGUGAAAAUGCCUCAACGAGAUUGGCAUAAGAAUCCGAGAGGAAAAGAGAAUAUGAGUUCUGGAGGAGGAAUCGCCGCUUGGAAUGUGUUUGACAAUGUGAAGACCACAACGAAGACGCCUGAAGCUCUAAUCGCGGAGAUCAAUACUGCAAUUGCAAAUCUCGAAUAUGGUCGAUCAACCGCCUUCUUAGAAUCUCCAAUUUCUCCCACUCCACAAGAUAGGAGCUCUGGUGCGAGCUCAAGUACUCAGUAUGAUGCACGAAUUGCGGAUGAAGCGUACAAGGCAGGGUGUGCGGCAUUGGCUGUUGGUAAACUCGAUGAGGCUCUUCAUUCGUUGAAUGUCUCUCUUUCGAAAUGCCCGCCCGAGAAAUCCUCUGCUGUUGCUAAGCUUCAAUCUCUCAUCUCUUUGACGUCUCAGCAACUUCAGAUCAGAUCUUCCAAUAGUCAUGAAAUUUCAGAAGAUUGAGCACCCUUGAUCUCUUCCCCCAAAAAUUUUCAUCUGGGAGCUGAAUCCCUCUCGUUCCUCGAUCAUGUUUGUCUUUGUGAAAUAGGCUAAAUUUUGAUUUGGUGGUUGUUUAAGAGCGUCAAUGUAUAUUAAGAGAAGAGUAGGCCAUUAAUGCAUGGACCAUCAGAAUUAGUCAAUGAUAGAUGUUGACAGAGCUGGAGCUGGAGCUGGAGCUUCUCCCUUACCUUCGAGUCUAUAAAAAUGGCGUUGUCGAGAGGCUUGUCGGGACACGAGUCACUCCGCCGGGGCUUGAUUCUCUAACUGGAGUUGACUCCAAAGACAUUACUAUUGUUCCCGAAACCGGCAUCUCAGCUCGGCUUUACCGACCAACUGCCGUCGAACCUCCCCGUAAACUUCCCUUGAUUGUUUACUUUCACGGCGGUGCGUUUCUCAUAACCUCCAGUGCUGAACCUAUCUACCAUAACAAUUGUCUCAUCCCGCUCGCCGCAGCGACCGAAAGCGUCGUCCUUUCGGUGAAUUACAGAUUAGCGCCGGAGCACCCUCUCCCCGCCGCGUACGACGAUUCGUGGGCCGCGCUUCAGUGGGUUGCUGAACAGUCCAAGACCUCCGGUGACGAGGCCGGCCAAGAGCCUUGGCUUAAACAGCUAGUCGACUUUAAGAAGGUGUUCUUGUUUGGUGACAGUGCCGGAGGAAACAUCGCACACCACAUGGCCCUACGAGCCCAAAACUCCCAUCUUGCUGGGAAAUUCAAAAUUCGCGGAAUCGCUCUAAUUCAACCGUACUUCUGGGGCCGGGAACCCAUCGGCUCAGAGAUCACCGAGCCUGAGAAAAAGGCUCUAGUGGACGGUUGGUGGAAUUUCGUGUGCCCAUCCGACAGAGGAAACGACGAUUUAUUAAUCAACCCGUUCGCCGACGGAUCUCCGUCGGUCGAGGGCCUCGUGGGCGAGAAGGUGGUGGUAAUAGUUGCAGAGAAAGACAUACUGAGGGACAGAGGGAUGCUUUACUAUGAAAAUCUGGCGAAGAGCCACUGGAAAGGGAAGGUCGACAUUUUCGAGACGGAAGGAGAGGAUCAUGCUUUCCAUCUCCUCGAUCCAACUUCCGAGAAAGCUAAGUGCCUUGUAAAUCGUUUGGCUUUGUUUGUAAAUGAAGACUGAGCGUUGAUAAUGGAAGUCCAAAAUUUCAAAUUUCAAUUAGGUGAAAGAAUUCAAAUCUCUAAUUGAUAAAAAAUUCAUGACAUUCACCAAAAGCUGUCCUGUAAAACACGAAACCACCUCUAGUCCAGAAUAUUAUUGAGAGUCACAUUAUGAUUCAAAGGAACCCCCUUUACAGAACUUCUCAAAUUAUCCUUCAUCCAAAGAUCCAAUAAAAUAUCAA